AGAAUAACUGUUAAAUUUGAAAAUCCGGUAAAGUCCGCUGCGAAGGGAAGAGAGAAUAGAGAAGAAGAGAAUCUGAUCCCCUUUUGCUCUCCAUCUUAUUUUACGUCCAUACAAAAGUCUCUCAGAAGACCCCACCGAUAAUUGGAAUUGCUCUCUCUGUCUCUCUCUCCGAAGUUUCACCCUCUUCUACAGUUUGCUUUCCAUGGCGACCAUCCCCUCGACCAUACUCCAUAACCUUUUCUAUUUUCCCUGUCGCAAGGGUCCAAGACACUCUUUCUCAACUUGUCACGCUUCGUUUUCGUACACCCACAAAAUAUCUGCAAAAUCAUCCGCCGUUGCUUUCAAUGGUGGCCGAGCCUUUUAUAAGCAGACUGAUUCUCAGAAAUCAGUCAUACCUUUUCGACUUUUUGGACCCAGCUCCAGGUUCUUGCAAAUGGAUUCUAUGGAAACUAGCUCCAGUGGGGACAUUUCAGUGAAAUCCGCUAGCGCAGAAAGUGGUAGCACUUCCACGGUCUCUCAAACCGUGUCUGGCAUUGUGCAUUUGAUAGUCUCGCUCGGAAUUAUACUGGCGACAGACAAAAUUUUGAAAAAGGCGUUUGUGGCAGCUGCUAUUAAGUUCCCGAGUGCGCUAUUCGGGAUGUUCUGUAUAUUUUCCGUUCUCGUUAUUCUCGAUUCCACUGUGCCAGCUGCGGCGACUGGUUUGAUGAAUUUCUUUGAGCCUGCUCUUCUGUUCAUUCAGAGAUGGUUACCAUUGUUCUAUGUUCCGUCUUUGGUUGUUUUGCCGCUUUCUGUUAAAGAUAUUCCAGCUGCUUCCGGCAUCAAGAUCUGUUUCAUUAUAGUUGGAGGCUGGUUGGCCACACUUUGUGUUGCGGGCUAUACAGCAAUAACUGUCAGAAAAAUUGUGAAGACAGAAAUGACAGAUGCAGAGCCUAUGGGAAAACCGUCGCCUUUUUCUCCCAUUGAAGUGUGGACUUGGACUGGGAUUUUCCUUGUAUCAUUUGUUUCUUCAUUGUUUUAUCCAACAAUGCUUGGGACAAGUGCUCGAACAUGCCUUCCUUUCCUACUUGCAUCGACAGUGUUAGGCUACAUGGUUGGUUCUGGAUUGCCAUCAGAAGUGAAGAAAGUUUUUCAUCCAAUUAUUUGCUGUGCAGUAUCUGCAGAUCUGGCUGCAUUGGCUUUUGGAUACCUUUCCCGGUCUGGGCUUGAUCCUGUUCUAGGAUAUUAUCUUACAAAGGUGGCUACUAAUCCUGGAGCUGGUGAUGUUUUAAUGGGGUUUUUGGGUUCUGUUAUACUCUCUUUUGCCUUCUCUAUGUUCAAACAGAGGAAGCUCGUUAAGAGGCAUGCAGCUGAGAUUUUCACAUCUGUCAUGGUCUCAACUAUAUUCUCGUUGUAUUCAACUGCUCUUGUUGGACGCCUUGUUGGGUUAGAACCGUCUUUGACUAUAUCAAUUUUACCCAGAUGUAUAACCGUGGCAUUAGCCCUCAGCAUCGUGUCUUUGUUUGAAGGAACCAAUGCGUCUCUCACGGCUGCCGUAGUUGUAGUGACUGGUUUGGUUGGAGCAAAUUUUGUGCAAGCAAUGCUUGAUAAACUACGAUUUCGUGAUCCUAUUGCUCGAGGGAUAGCAACUGCAUCAAGUGCUCAUGGAUUGGGAACAGCAGCAUUAUCAGCCAAGGAACCUGAGGCUCUCCCUUUUUGUGCCAUUGCUUAUGCUCUGAAUGGUAUAUUCGGAUCUCUUCUGUGCUCAGUUCCAGCUGUCAGGGAAAGCUUGAUUGCAGUAGUUGGCUAAAGAAUCAGGGUUGGAAUAUACAUCCCUUUGAUUGCAAUUCCUAUUCUUUCCAUGAGAUGUUCUUUUCAACUGUAAAGAGAAGAAUCAGCCCAUUAUAUUGACAUCUGGAUGGUUGUGUAGUGUACAGAAGUUGAUUAUAAGAGCCUUACCAAUCAAGGCAUCAUAUAGUCCAGGAAUGUAUCAUUCUAGAGAUCAAGGCAUCACAUUGACAAUAAGUUAUCUGUAUGAACUUCAUUUUUAUA